AUGAAUGCCAGUGGCCCUGGAUAUCCCUUAGCCUCUCUCUAUGUGGGAGACCUGCACCCAGAUGUGACCGAAGCCAUGCUCUACGAGAAGUUCUCACCUGCUGGGCCCAUCAUGUCCAUCCGGGUCUGUCGUGAUGCUGCCACACGCAGAUCACUGGGCUAUGCCUACAUAAACUUCCAGCAGCCUGUGGAUGCUGAGCGUGCCUUGGACACCAUGAACUUCGAAGUGAUCAAAGGCCGACCCAUCCGCAUCAUGUGGUCCCAGCGGGACCCUGGGCUCAGGAAGUCAGGGAUUGGAAACAUCUUCAUCAAGAACCUGGAUGACUCCAUUGAUAACAAAGCCCUGUAUGACACAUUCUCUGCCUUUGGAAACAUCCUGUCAUGCAAGGUGGUUUGUGAUGAAAAUGGAUCCCGUGGCUAUGGCUUUGUGCACUUUGAGACUCACGAGGCAGCGACUCGGGCCAUUGAGACCAUGAAUGGGAUGUUGCUCAAUGACCGGAAGGUAUUUGUUGGCCAGUUCAAAUCGCGCAAAGAGCGCGAGGCAGAGAUGGGGGUGAAGGCAAUGGAGUUCACCAACGUCUACAUCAAAAACUUUGGGGAUGACAUGGAUGAUGACAGACUGCGGGAAAUAUUCUCCAAGUUUGGAAAGACAUUGAGUGUCAAGGUCAUGACGGACAGCACUGGCCGCUCAAAGGGCUUUGGAUUUGUCAACUUUGAGAAGCACGAGGAAGCCCAGAAGGCGGUGGCUGACAUGAAUGGGAAGGAGAUCAAUGGGCGGAUGGUGUACGUGGGCCGAGCCCAGAAGCGGUUGGAGCGCCAGAGUGAGCUGAAACGGAAAUUUGAGCAGAUGAAACAGGAGCGAAUGAGCAAGUACCAGGGGGUCAAUCUGUAUGUGAAGAACCUGGAUGAUGGGAUAGAUGAUGACAGGCUGAGGAAGGAGUUCUCUCCUUAUGGCGCCAUCACCAGUGCCAAGGUGAUGAUGGACGGUGGCCACAGCAAAGGGUUUGGGUUUGUAUGUUUUUCCUCUCCAGAAGAGGCUACCAAGGCUGUGACAGAAAUGAAUGGGCGGAUUGUCAGCACUAAGCCUCUCUAUGUCGCGCUCGCUCAAAGGAAAGAGGAGCGGAAAGCAAUCCUCACCAACCAGUACAUGCAGAGAUUAGCCACCAUGAGGGCUCUGCCUGGCCCUCUGCUGGGCUCCUUUCAGACCCCCUCAGGCUACUUCCUACCCCCCAUUCCCCAGCCACAAACCAGAGCUGCCUUCUAUAGCCCCAGCCCUGUCGUCCCAGUCCGUCCUGCCACUCGCUGGAGUGCUCAGGCCUCCCGGCCACCCC